UCGGUCAUGAAACUUACUCCACAGCAAGCUCCAUUAUAUGGUGAUUGUGUUGUUACGGUACUGCUUGCCGAGGAGGACAAAGUUGAAGAUGAUGUAGUGUUUUACUUGGUAUUUUCGGGUUCCACCCUCCAUCAUUAUACAAGUACUCGUAAAGUCAGCUCUGAUACGUUGGAGACCAUUGCUCCUGGUCAUGACUGCUGUGAGACAGUGAAGGUGCUGCUCUGUGCCUCCAAAGAGGGCCUUCCUGUGUUUGUAGUGGCAGAAGAAGACUUCCACUUUGUCCAGGAUGAGGCCUGCGAUGCUGCUCAGUUCCUGGCAGCCAGUGCUGGUGACCAGCAGGCUCUGAACUUCACUCGCUUUCUUGACCGGUCGGGACCCCCAUCUGGAGAUGUGAAUUCACUUGAUGAGAAGGUCGCUCUGGCGUUCAGACACCUAAAGUUGCCUGCAGAGUGGAAUGUCUUGGGGACAGAUCACAUGUUGCAUGAUGGUACCCCCCGGGAGACACUGAUGCAUUUUGCUGUACGGCUAGGACUGCUGCGGUUGACAUGGUUCCUGUUACAGAAACCAGGUGGCCGUGGAGCUCUAAGCAUCCACAAUCAGGAAGGGGCAACGCCUGUGAGCCUGGCCUUGGAGCGAGGUUAUCAUCAGCUGCACCAGCUCCUAACCGAGGAGAAUGCUGGAGAGCCAGACUCCUGGAGCAGUUUAUCCUAUGAAAUACCUUAUGGAGAUUGUUCUGUGAGGCAUCACCGAGAGUUGGACAUCUAUACAUUGACCUCCGAGUCUGAAUCGCAUGAGCCCACAUUUCCUGGAGAUAGUUGUACUGGACAUAUUUUUAAGCUUAUGAAUAUCCAACAGCAACUAAUGAAAACAAGCAUCAAGCAGAUGGACAAUCUCACACCCUUAGUGACAGCACAGGAUCCCUCUUGUCUGCCCAGUGCCCCAGAGACAGCCAGCCAGUUCCUCCCUUGUGCAUCAGAGUCCUCGGACAGCCGGCAGAUUUCUUCUCUUCCUGAAGAGACUGAGAGUACUCCCUGCUGCCAGGGAAGUCUUGCUGAGCAGAUUAAAAGUCCCCGUGAUUUGUCAACAGAGGCUGAGGAAGAGAAUUCAGACUGUUCUCACAGGAAGAAAAAUAAAGGUGUGGAGAAAACCAGGGGAAAGGUGGAGCCAGUACCUCUUGUGGACUCUGGAACUGUGUCUGAUCAAGACAGCCAUCUUCAGAGGCUGCCUGACUGUGGAGGAAAGGACACAGAAGACCUUUUGUCCUGUAGACCCAGACAUGAAGAAACUGGAACACAACUCUCUGGAGUGGCCACAGGACAGGAGUCUGUGAGUAACAGUGUGCAGCCGGGAGACACAGUGACAGAACUAGGUACAUCCCAGCAUUCCUCUGGAGGGGAACUGGCAGACGGUUCUGUGACAGAUGCCAGUGCUCCCGAGAGCACAAGACAAGCAGAACCGAGUCUCGUGAACCUAGCUGCCACCACCCAGAAUAAUAUGCUUCAGGCAGGAGAAGGUAUAGAGGAAAGAUUUGAGAACUCUCCUGUCAGCACAGUUAGAAGUGAGCUAGUGGAUAAAGAUGUUACAAACUGUUUCUCUGCCGCUAGUGUCCUCAGUGCCAACAAAUCUGCAGAGUCUCCACCUGCUUUGAGUUCUGGAGAAACCCCUGAUGAAAACACAGUGGGAACGGAAACUCUAAGAUGCUGUGGGGAGCUAGCUGAAAUAGUAAGAGAUCAAAACACUGUGGUGAUUCGAGCUGCUACAGAAGACAAGAUUUCCAGUGUGUCAGAACUUGACACUCCUCUGGCAGGCACGUGUGAGGUAAUGUCCCCCUGUGAUUUAACUUGCCCUGUGCUACAAACUGAUGCGAUGCUCCACCAGAAAUCAGAAGCUAAUUCAUCUCAUGCUCAAAGCCAAAACAGUCAGUCACCAGUUUGUUGUACAACUGGGGAUGAUAAACCUUGUUCAGACUCUGCGUGUCAGCAGAGCAUAGUGCCUUCUAGUGGUGAGUUGGUUGUACAGCAUUGUAGUGACUCAGCGAGACGGCCUGAAAUCUCAACCCAGCAGCCCAGCACACCUGAAACUACAACUGGGCAGCCCAGCACACAAGACUUGUGUACUUCAACCGGUCUGGAGGACUCACAAGCUGACCCCGUCCCUUCUGACCCUGUACGAGUUACCCAGGAAUGUGGGAAUUUUUGUCCUCUUGAAGUUUUAGGAAGAAAGGUCCAAGGAAAAGAUCUGAAACAAGAUACAUCUUUAAUGAAUUCGCCUGAGGUAGCUUCAUGUCUGCCUCUGGUUGUCUCUCAAACUGAGAAAGAACUGGUGCCAGACCAGACUGUGCCAUCAGACAGUGUUUUCUCUCUGGCAAGCAGUCCAGUUGGUGAAUCAGUAACCAAAGAUGACGCACUUUCCCUUGUCCCCUCCCAGAAAGAAAGGGGAACAGCAACUCUUGAACUCCAUAGGGCUGUGCCUUGCAGAGAAGGCCCGGACCAAGGGGAUUCAGAGGAGCCUGACGAACAGCUGCUAGAAGAUAGAGCAGCAAGUCCGCCCUCAUCACCUGCUGUUGGAGAGCUUCAGCCCAGCAUGGGCAAUACCAGUCCCACUGGCCUUGGUGAUGAGCACGAGGGGCCUGGCCACUCAGCAACUCCCGAGGCACUCACUGACCCUUCUCUGCUGAGUGUGGAGACAGCCACUUUGGCCUCUGAGUCAGUUUUGACUGAAGAAGAAAAAAAUCCGGUGGUUCCAGAAAGCGCUGCAGCUCAGGGACAAGACGAUGAGGACAAAGCAGUGACUCGUUCCUCUAUUAAGGAAGACACCCUUUCUUCAGAAACAUUGCAGGAAGAGCAGAGAAUCCCGCCUCUAGCCCAAGAGACAGCCAGGUUUGGUGAUCAACCUGUCUUAGCUGCCUGCACCGAGGACGCAGCACUGCAGCCCCACGAGUCACUGGACACACCCUCCGCCUGUCUUAAGACAGAAGCUACACACAACAAGGAAGAGGCCCCACAGGCCUCCCCACUGACUGAAGGUGGGGCCCCACUGAGCCUGGUGCCACCAGGACCAGGUCUGGCUGCAGACUCAAGGGAGGAAGUGUCGGGGGCAGAGCCCAGCAGUUCAUCGCCACAGCCAGGGCUGCUGCCAAGGGAGUCCAAGGCUGCACAUUGCGAUCCACCUCUUCCUCUGGAUGGUGAAGUGACGAACACCCAGGUCCCAGGGACCACCAGCACCUGUGAGGUGGGCAGAAAUGCGAUGGAGGAUGUGGUAGUGGUUAACACUUUGCAAAGUACUGCCGAGUCCCGAGGAAAGGAUCUGUCUCGCAACACUGAAGACAACUCGGUUUCAGAAGUUUCAGUGAGCCGAGAGAAGAAUAUGAUUGUCAGUCUGCCAGGAGCUCUGCCAGACAAAGGUGGGAUCGGCUUUCAGGGAGCUGCAGCCCCAGAGACUGUACCCUUCGAUCAAAAGAGAGGGAGGCAGGAGGGAGACCACAGCUGUUCCAUGGCUGACUCCAAGGAGGCUCACAGGGAUGAUGGAACAUUGCCACCUUUUGCCAAGGAGCCCCCUACAGACACAGGGCUCCUAGUUCUUGAUGACAAGACCCUAGGGGGCAUGAGACAAGUCACACAGGCCUCAGCACCUGGUGAGGAAAGGAGUAAUCUCUCUCUACCUGGCAUGGUUUCAGUUGUACCUAAGGGAGCAGACUCGAUAGAAGAGGCUGCCAGUCGUUUAGUGGAGGCGGUCAUCGAGCGUGUCAAAGCCUCUGGAGCAUUGGUGACUGGAGGGGAAGUGUGUCACAUAUCAUCACUGUCCAGUUCUGAGUUGGGCCCUCGGACCGAACAGCCAGAGAAUGCUUCUGUAGACAAAGCGAGUGCUUUUCCACUUGGAGAGACCCUUCAAAUAGCCAGUACCGGAGAAGCCACCAGCAGCCUGAAAGGAUGUUUUGAUAGAAGAGAGGAGCCAGAGAAAAUUACUCUGCUUGUCAAAGAACCUGAGCCAGCAACAGAAAUGCCAGGUACUAAAGCUGAAGAUGAAGUGGAUUUUCUGAGUCCGACAAGAGCAAGUUCAGUUUCUGAAGAGGCAACUGUUGGGAAUGGAGCUGCUGCCCCUCAGAUGAAACCAGGCCCGGAGUCCCCGACGAUAAAUCGAGAAAGUUGGUGUUCCAUAGAGCCAUGUCCUGGUGCAGCGUCACUCUUGGCUUCCAAACAGAGCACAGAGUGUGAGAACUUCUUGGCUGUCGGGCUGGGCGGGGAGUGUGCCUCAAAACAAGCUGUACUUCAAAGAGAAUCUGAGAGUGACACUGACCUCUUCCAUUCGCCCAGUGAUGAGAUGGACAGCAUCAUCUUCUCAAAGCCUGAGGAAGAGCAGUUGGUUUGUGAUAUCAUGGGGUCCAGUUCUUCCACGGAUGACACAGCUUCUCUGGAUCGACACUCUUCUCAUGGCAGUGAUGGGUCCCUCCCUCCAGCCUCAAAGCUCAACAAGCCCAGAGAUCAUCAAAGCCCCAAUGGCUUCUACAGCCCUGGGAUGGGAAUGGAGGGUCGAGAGAGUGAGAGUGAGCCUACGGGCUCAGGUGACGUGGAAGAGGAGGAGAUGGACAGCAUCACAGAAGUGCCUGCCAACUGCUCCAUCCUGAGGAGCUCCAUGCGCUCCCUGUCCCCGUUCCGGAGGCACAGCUGGGGUCCUGGGAAGAACGCUGCCAGCGAUGCAGAAAUGAACCAGCGCAGUUCAAUGCGAGUUCUUGGGGAUGUGGUCAGGAGACCUCCCAUUCAUAGAAGAAGUAUGAGCUGGUGUCCCUCUGGUGUACAAUAUUCUGCUGCCCCGAGUGCUGACUUUAAUUACAGAAGUUUCAGUCUGGAAGGCUUGACAGGAGGAGAUGGUGUUGGGAACAAGCCAUCUUCAUCUCUAGAAGUAAACUCUGCCAACUCCAAAGAUCUUAGACACCCUUUUGGUAUUGAGGAGCGGCGUGACUCUCUGGUAUCGCUUUCUGAAGAGAAUCUGGAAUCAAACCAACGAGAACAUAGGAUAUUUGAUCAGCAGACAUAUCACAGAUCUAAGCAACAGAGAUUUAAUUACUGUACAUCAGCCAUUUCUUCUCCAUUGACCAAAUCCAUCUCAUUAAUGACAAUCAGCCAUCCUGGACUGGACAAUUCGCGGUCCUUCCACAACACCAGUGCUAACCUGGCCGAGAGUAUAACAGAAGAAAACUACAAUUUCCUGCCACCAAGCCUCACCAAGAAAGAUUUUGAAGGGAAGAGUGGAACCAAAGUUAGUCGUACCUUCAGCUAUAUCAAGAAUAAAAUGUCCAGCAGUAAGAAGAGCAAAGAAAAGGAGAAGGAGAAAGAUAAAAUUAAGGAGAAAGAGAAAGAUUCUAAAGAAAAGGAGAAAGAUAAGAAGCCUCUCAACGGACAUACUUUCAGUUCCAUUCCUAUUGUUGGUCCCAUCAGCUGUAGCCAAUGUAUGAAGCCUUUUACCAACAAAGACGCCUACACUUGUGCAAAUUGCAGUGCUUUUGUCCACAAAGGCUGCAGAGAAAGUCUGGCUUCCUGUGCGAAGGUCAAAAUGAAGCAGCCCAAAGGGACCCUCCAGGCACAUGACACGUCGUCACUGCCCACCGUCAUCAUGAGGAACAAGCCCUCACAGCCCAAGGAACGUCCUAGAUCUGCGGUCCUUCUAGCGGGUGACGCCUCUGCUGCCCCAGUGUUUGCCAACAGGCGAUCCCAGCAGAGCGUCUCACUGUCCAAAAGUGUCUCCAUACAGAACAUUACUGGAGUCGGCAAUGAUGAGAACAUGUCAAACACCUGGAAAUUCCUGUCUCAUUCAACAGAUUCACUGAAUAAAAUCUGCAAAGUGAACGAGUCCACAGAGUCACUCACUGACGAAGGAGUAGGCACAGACAUGAAUGAAGGACAGCUAAUGGGAGACUUUGAGACUGAUUCCAAGCAGCUAGAAGCUGAGUCCUGGAGUCAGAUUGUGGACAGCAAGUUUCUGAAACAACAGAAGAAAGACAUCGUCAAACAACAAGAAGUAAUUUACGAACUGAUGCAGACUGAGUUCCAUCACAUCCGCACGCUCAAGAUCAUGAGUGACGUGUACAGCCGGGGGAUGAUGACAGAGCUGCUUUUUGAGCAGCAGAUGGUGGACAAGCUGUUCCCCUGUUUGGACGAGCUCAUCAGUAUCCAUAGCCAGUUCCUUCAGAGGAUCCUGGAGCGGAAGAAGGAAUCUCUGGUGGAUAAAAGUGAAAAGAACUUUCUUAUCAAGAGGAUAGGGGAUGUGCUUAUAAAUCAGUUUUCGGGUGAGAAUGCGGAACGCUUAAAGAAGGUAUAUGGCAAGUUUUGUGGCCAGCACAACCAGUCUGUGAACUAUUUCAAAGACCUUUGCACAAAGGAUAAGCGCUUCCAGGCUUUUGUAAAGAAGAAGAUGGGCAGUUCGUUGGUGAGGAGACUUGGAAUCCCAGAGUGCAUCUUACUUGUAACCCAGAGAAUCACCAAAUAUCCAGUUUUAUUCCAAAGAAUAUUACAGUGCACCAAAGACAAUGAAGUGGAACGUGAAGAUCUAGCUCAGUCCUUGAGCCUGGUGAAGGAUGUGAUUGGAGCUGUAGACAGCAAAGUAGCAAGUUAUGAGAAGAAGGUACGUCUCAGUGAGAUUUACACGAAGACAGACAGCAAGUCGAUCAUGAGGAUGAAGAGUGGGCAGAUGUUUGCGAAGGAGGACUUGAAAAGGAAGAAGCUGGUACGUGACGGGAGUGUGUUUCUGAAGAGUGUCACAGGAAGGCUGAAAGAGGUGCAAGCGGUUCUGCUCUCUGACAUUUUGGUUUUCCUUCAAGAAAAGGACCAGAAAUACAUCUUCGCAUCAUUGGACCAGAAAUCAACGGUGAUCUCUUUAAAGAAGCUGAUAGUCAGAGAAGUGGCACAUGAGGAGAAAGGUCUGUUCCUAAUUAGUAUGGGGGUGAAAGAUCCAGAGAUGGUGGAGGUCCACGCCAGCUCCAAAGAGGAGCGGAACAGCUGGAUUCAGAUCAUCCAGGAUACAAUCAACACCCUGAAUAGAGAUGAAGAUGAAGGAAUUCCUAGUGAGAAUGAGGAAGAAAAGAAAAUGUUAGACACCAAAGCCCGGGAGUUAAAAGAGCAACUUCAGCAGAAGGACCAGCAGAUCCUCCUCCUGCUGGAAGAGAAGGAGAUGAUUUUUCGAGACAUGAGCGAGUGCAGUACUCCCUUGCCAGAGGCUUGUUCCCCAACUCACAGCCCUAGAGCCCUCUUCCGAGCCAACACCGAGGAGGCCCCCAAAGGAGGACCUUUGAUGAAAAGUGCAAUAAGCGAGGUGGAGAUCCUUCAGGGUUUGGUGAGUGGAAGUCUAGGAGGCACACUCGGGCAGGCUGCCAGCAGCCCUGCUGAGCAGGAAGCUACGGUUGGCCCCAUUUCCUUGCCCCGGAGAGCAGAGACCUUUGGAGGAUUUGACAGCCACCAGAUGAACGCUUCCAAAGGAGGUGAGAAGGAAGAUGAUGAUGGCCAAGAUCUGAGGAGAGCAGAGUCGGAUAGUGGUCUGAAAAAGGGCGGAAAUGCUAACCUUGUAUUUAUGCUUAAGAGAAACAGCGAGCAGGUUGUCCAAAGCAUCGUCCAUCUCCAUGAGCUCCUGAGCACUCUGCAGGGUGUGGUGCUCCAGCAGGACAGCUACAUCGAGGACCAGAGGCUGGUGCUGAGCGAGCGGGUGCUCACCAGGAGCUUGUCACGGCCCAGCUCGCUCAUUGAGCAGGAGAAGCAGCGCAGCCUGGAGAAGCAGCGCCAGGACCUGGCUAACCUGCAGCGGCAGCAGGCGCAGCACCUGGAGGAGAAGCGCAGGCGUGAGCGGGAGUGGGAGGCCCGGGAGCGGGAGCUGCGGGAGCGCGAGGCGCGGCUGGCCGAGCGCGAGGAGAAGGUGCAGCUGGGACAGCAGAACCUGGAGAGGGACCGGGAGGAGCUCCGGCACAAGAAGGGCACCUACCAGAGCGACCUGGAGAGGCUGCGUGCUGCACAGAGGCAGCUGGAGCGGGAGCAGGAGCAGCUGCGGAGGCGGGAGGCAGAGCUGCUCAGCCAGAGACAGCUGGAGCCGGACCUUUGUCAGGUGCCCCAUCCACACAGCAAGCUGAUGCGCAUCCCAUCCUUCUUCCCCAAUCCCGAGGAGCACCCCCUGCCCUCUGCCCCCUUGGCCACCAAAUCAGGAUCCCUGGACUCGGACCUCUCGAUCUCCCCCAAAAGGAACAGCCUCUCUCGGACACACAAAGACAAGGGGCCUUUUCACAUACUGAGCUCCCCGGGCCAGCCUAGCAAGGGCCCCGAAGGGCAGGCCCAGGCCCCCUCAAGCGCCACCACCCGCCUCUUCGGAUUAACUAAGCCAAAGGAAAAGAAGGAGAAAAAGAAGAAGAGCAAAGGAAGCCGCUCCCAGCCUGGUGAUGGUCCCGCAUCGGAAGUGUCGGCGGAGGGGGAGGAGAUCUUCUGCUGACCUGGCUCCUGAGCCCCGGCUGUGCCACCUGCUUCGCCUGCCGCCCUUGCGCACAAGUCUCUUACACUGGACGUCCACGGCUCCGCGUCCAGUCCUCGGCGAGGCGCGUUGUGUGCAGGUUAGGGUGGAAAGGCACAGAUGCCAUCCGGCCAUGGCCUGUGACUAAUCAGGGCUCAGCGGGGCUGGUCCUGCGCAGGAUGUCGCCCGGAAAGCAGCGCCCCUGAAGUACAGGCGCAGGUUAGGAUGCAAGCCAGCAGCCGCCACAGGGUGAAAGAGAGGGUCCAAAUGCCACCGAAACUCUGCCCACCUUAUAUUGUUUGGGGGGACAGAACUGGAGUCAGGGAGCAGGUACUGCAGAUUGUACACGCACAUGGGGUCUGGCGAUCUCAGUCAUGAGAGUAGCUUGGGCUCAGCCUGGUGGCUUGUGGACAUUCUGUCCUUCACUCUGUGGUCCUCCAAGAUUGGGUCCCCUUGGCACACUUCUCCCCCUUUUGUAUCCACUUCUCAAUUCAUUUCAGAGGCAAUGACAGACAUUUGUGAAACCAGUGAGAGAAGGUUUGAAAGCGUGUAAUCAGUCCCCCUUAGUCUGUGUCCUGGCUUAACUUAGAACAUCAGGUUCAGAAAAAAUGGACUGCUGCCUGCAUAUGCGUGGUUCCAGACACAGGAA